CCUUUGCCCCUAUUCCCUUUGGAGGGAUCUACCUGCCCCUGGAAGUGCCGGCCAACAAAUGCCAUCGUUCCCCCUUGGUCCUGGCUUACGACCAAGCCCAUUUUUCCGCCCUGGUAUCCAUGGAGCAGAAGGAACCCACAAAAGAUCAAGCUGUCAUCCCUCUGACGGACUCGGAGCACAAGCUGCUCCCCGUGCACUUUGCCGUGGAUCCCGGGAAGGAGUGGCAGUGGGGGAAGGACGACGGUGACAACGUCAGGCUGGCCAGCGUGACGUUGUCGCUGGAGGCGAAGCUGCACUUGCUGCACAGCUACAUGAAUGUGAAAUGGAUCACGUUGCCUUGUGACACGCAGGCGCCCUUGGCCCAGCCGGAAUCCCCUACGGCCUCCGCCGGCGACGAUGCUCGUUCAGCUGCGGAGUCGGGAGAGUCGGACAAGGAAUCGGUGUGCAGCAGCUCGGCGAGCAACGGGGGGAGCAGGGGUUGCAAGGACAAGGAGAAACCAAAGAAAGACCGGGAAAAAGAGAAGGAGAAAGAGAAAAAACGGGCGGACUCGGUGGCCAAUAAGCUGGGCAGCUUCGGCAAGACUUUGGGGAGCAAACUAAAGAAGAACAUGGGCGGUUUGAUGCACGGCAAGACCGUCCGGGGAGGUGUCGGCAACGGGCAGGGGGACACCCUGGAGAAGAAGAAAAAGGGAUCCUUGAAAUCGAGGAAAGGCAGCAAAGAGGAAUCUUCCCAAGGAGACUUGUCAGCUCCUGCGGAGAAGCCUUGCCCCUCGGGAAAAGCGGCCCCCGAGAAGCCGUCGGAUCCCUACAAGUACAGCCACGACGUCCGGCUGAGCCUGAGCAUCCUCCGGGCCGCCAUGCAGGGCGAGCGCAAGUUCAUCUUCGCCGGCCACCUCAAAACCAGCAACCGGCACCAGUACCAGGAGGAGAUGAUCCAGAGGUACCUCCUGGAUGCCGAGGAACGCUUCCUGGCCGAGCAGAAACAAAAGGAGGCGGAGAAGAAGGCGCUGGGGAGCUCCGGCCCCGCCAAGAAGGA